CUUUGGCCCAAGUUGACUUGUUCCUAUUCCCUUGGAUCCAAGUCAAAGUCAACGUCAACGUCAAAUCUCCCCUCCAACUUUUCCAAUAUCAUCACCUAUGGGAGGUUACUUGACUAAUUAAACUGAUACUUCUGUCGUCAACUCGCGUCGCGUCUAACUCAUAGCUGGAUUUCAAUUCGAGUUCUUUUUACUAUUAAUUCCCGUGUGGCCGCACUUAUUUCGCCUCCUCGCUUCACCUAUACCUAUACUUAUACUUAUUAUACAUAUAUCUAUGUCUCAGUCUCAGUCCCGGUCUCAGAUCUUCUUCGAACGCUAAGUUUGCUGAGUGUUGCAUUGGCUCAACGCGACUAUAACCGAGUGUUAUAAGUCUUGACCUAUACUUCCGCAAUAACCGCGACUCUGACGACGACGCAACGCGUACACCUCGCUAAGCGAUAUCAGCACCUAUAAAGGAAAUCCUUCGUUCUAUAGACUUGGAGUCAUACCGCUUUCAACAACAUCUAUCUUCCAAAUAGGCUAGCUUCAAGACAUAUGGUUUUAUGGAAAACGCGAUUGAUAGCUUCUGAUUACGUAGUCGAAUUACAUCGCCAUCUAACAAGACGCGACAACCUCGUGCCUCUGGUCGCGGCACUUUCUCUAACAUUCUAUCUAGCCCAGCUAACUUUUACACUGGAUCAUGUCGCAAGUCAAUACCUCAAGUUCCUUGACGGGCCUCGGCCACUCGUCACAAUCUCAAAAUAUCCCAAGUUCCCAGAAUCAACCACUCAAUUAUUCAAGCAACGAUUCCCAAGAUACUACCGCCUCCAAUGAUACAGAUCGUAUCUUCACUCCGCCCGAAAGCGACAGUGAGGGCAGCAAUGGAAUAAGAAAUAGCCAUAGCUCGAGUCAAGAGUCCCAGCUCCUGCAGCUCUCCCAGCUCGCUGCAGCACAGCAGAGGAUGAGCGAGGUAGACGGAGUACCUACGGCUGGUGGUCAGUCAAGAAAGCGAAUGGCCGACGGUGUGGUCAAGCACAAGAGGGAUAGCUCAAGCGUGUCUCCAAUUCGACCUGGCCACUCUAGAAACACUAGCAUCGUGAGCAUAGCUUCUACCUCUAGUCGCAUCGGAGAGCUAUCGGCUGAAUUGAGGACCAAAUUGUCUUACGCUAUGGUCAAGGUUAACAACGGCUGGCAAGGGCAUUCUAUCGACGAGGUCGAGUCGCUCGCGUCUCAAGUCGCCUCUCCCACCUCUAGCACAUCUACGUUGCAUGGUAGAUAUGGGGCGUCUGCAAGCCCCCGAGUCGCAGUUGCUCCUAUGAGACACAGGGCUUCAAGCAUGGUUACCAGCCCUACGACGCAACAUCCAUCCCAAGGUCGCCCGUAUGAGCCAUCAUGGAGAGAGGGUAACAUGAAGUCAUCCGCUUCAACAUCACCCAACACCCAAGUGCCCGCGCUAGCUCCGCCCGCGCCUAUACAACCGCGUCAGCCCAACCAGACCCAUCCUCGUCGUAGCUCCAACGCGAGGUUCGCACCAGCUUAUCUAUCUCACCCGCAUCACGUUUCUCCCCAUACUCCGGCUCAGCCAAGUCCAUUACAAGCCACUCCGGGUCACGGAACUAUCAGAACACCCAAUGUCGAUCCUAUCCUCUUUUCUCCUCACCAGAACGUGCGGGAGCAGGAAGCGUUGGAGACGCUGAUGUUUAUGAGUAGCCCUGGAAACUCGGCGAAUGUAAAGCACGCGUUUCCUUCGUCUCUCCCUUCAUCACAAGGCUCGCAGCCAGCACAGCCAUUACAUGCGCCGCAAACGCGCAACGGCGGACGAACUGCUCUUCCUACCUCGCGAUUAGGUUCGGGAGCCGAGGCCGGGAACCAAGGACGCAAAAGUUUACCAACGGCGCGGCCGCAGCAUAAUCACGCGCCCCAAGUCAAGCGCGUAGGAUUUGAGAAGUCACCGGGUAUCUACGGUGGGAUGGAUAUUGAUGACCCGCACGUAUCUCCACGAAGUAGAGGCACGCCUCGUCGCCGAACGAAUGGAUCGGCUCCGCGACCAUCUCUAUCCAUCCCUGCUGGCCUAAGCGGCCCGUCCCGGCCGAGAACGGCACUGCGGGGUGACGACAUAGAAAGGAUGCUCGACCGGGUAGGGGCAGACGACAGCUCAGACUCGGAGGGUGAGAUCCACAUUCCCCAGAAUAGAAGAGUGAAUGGCCCAGUGGUCGGAGUUUGAAUGCAAUAUUCCUUUUCAUGGGGUCGCUAUACGGCGUACUUGGCGACUGAGAUUGUCAUUUUUAUCGGUUGUCUCGCGUAUAUACAUGUUUUCCGCAUUGUCGAAAAAGGAUGUAAUUUUUUUUUCUUUCGAUGUCGCAUUCACGACCAUGAUGCAUUAAGCUACUGGGUGUUUUCAUGAGAUGACACUGGGGAUUGCAGGAGCAACUGGGUGCAUUUACGGGAGAUUUAUGAGCAUGAUGACUGGGGGUGGACGUCGUUUGGGUGUAUAUGUUGGAAUGGAUGAUGGAUUUGUUCAAGCGUAGGCUACCUACCCAACUUGUCUAAGUAGGGCUGUCUUCGGAGCGAUUGAAUGCAUGUGUUGAAUGAUUCACCAUCAAAUCAAAAAUGCUCUUAGUAGUAUACACGUAUCUAUCUGGGGGUUAUGACAUAAGGAACGAGUCAUGUUUACCCCUGAUCAAACCUAGGCGUAGAGUGCCUUGGUAUAUCGAGGGUGCAGGUAGGUAUUAAACGACGACUUGGAUGUGUAAGGGGUAUGUACCUAUGUAGGUAUGUAUGUACCUGGGGUAGGAGUGUGUAAUGAUAUUUUGUAUGACCUCCUAAAUUAACGAAAUAAUGAAAUUUACAACGAUACCAACAAAGUUCCCCACG